CUCUUGGUUGCAAUUUCCUUGCUGCCACAUGAAAAUAAAGCUUCUGUCCUACAUAUUGGGUUGAGUCAACCAACAAAGCACGAACAAACGGAAGACGAGCCUAUUAAAAGCAAGGAUCUAUUGACUUUUCGCUGCGGAUGGCGGACAUGGCAGGCUCGCCCUGUGUUCAGUCAAAAUAAUUUGAACUGUGACAAACACAAGUAUGAAAGAUUUCUGCCGCAAGGCGGUGCGUUUUUUGCCGCCAGUAUUUUUGGCCCGGUUACGUACACUCCAUGCCCAGUGCUGGUAUUCCGUGAGACUACGAAGGCGGGUAGUCGUCAAUUGGUAGCUACCGGGUCAAUUAUUGGUGCGGAUGCCGACCGUAUUGUUGUAAAGCGCAUCAUUCUGACGGGAUACCCUGUUCGUGUUCACAAACGCCAUGCAACGGUUAAGUAUAUGUUUGGCAAUCCGGAAGAUGUGAAGUGGUUCAAGCCUGCUGGUCUGUACACAAAGCAUGGAUUACAAGGCAACAUUGUGGAAAGCGUUGGAGAGCAUGGAACAAUGAAGUGCUUGUUUAACGCACCGGUUAAGCAGCACGAUACUAUCUGUCUGCCACUCUACAAACGGAUCUACCCC